AGAGCCCCCAAAGCAGCCAAUCCAAGUUCAAAGUUCCCAGUCCACAGGUCAAAGUAUCCGACAUUAACUAGUAUUAAAAGUUCUUCAAACUGUUCAUUUCACUCAUUAGAAAUCAGAACUCAGAAAAUCGGACAACAAGAAAGAGAGAAGCAGAAGAACUAUUAUUCCAUUUCCAUGGAGAAAAUUAGUAACCCAACGGUCGACAAGAGAAGCGGUUUCUGCAAAUCCAAUUCCAUCUUCUACAGCAAACGCACGCCGGUUGCGCUCCCACAGAACCAAUCCGUGGACAUCGCCACAUUCAUAUCCUCCCGGGCCCACAAUGGCAAGAUUGCUUUCGUUGACGCCGCCACCGGCCGCCACCUCACUUUCCCCCAGCUCUGGAGAGCCGUCUAUUCCGUCGCCACGUGUCUCUCCACUGACAUGGGGAUCCGAAAGGGUGACGUCAUCCUCCUCCUCUCACCAAACUCCAUCGUCUUCCCCGUUGUCUGCCUCGCCGUGAUGUCCCUCGGCGCCGUCAUAACCACCACCAACCCCCUCAACACCUCCCGAGAAAUCGCCAAGCAAAUCGCCGAUUCCAAACCCGUCCUCGCCUUCACCACUCUCCAACUCAUCCCCAAAAUCGUCGGGUCAAAUCUCCCAAUCGUCCUCAUCGACGACGACGUCGGAAAACAGAGCUUGUCGAAUAAAAACCUCAGAAUAGUCUUCUCUUUGGGGGAAAUGAUGAAAAAGGAGCCGAGCGCGAAGCGAGUCGGGUACCGAGUCGACCAGGACGACACGGCCACUUUGCUUUACUCCUCCGGCACGACCGGAGAGAGCAAAGGAGUGGUUUCCUCUCACCGGAAUCUGAUCGCCAUGGUUCAGACAAUUCUCGGCCGUUUCGGCGCCGAUGAAGGAGAGCAGACCUUCAUCUGCACAGUCCCGAUGUUCCACAUCUACGGCUUGGCGGCCUUCGCGAUGGGGCUUCUCUCGUCGGGAUCGACGAUCGUGGUGCUCUCGAAGUUCGAGAUCCACGACAUGCUGUCGGCGAUAGAGAAGUACAGGGCGACGUACCUCCCGCUGGUGCCGCCGAUUCUGAUGGCGCUGCUUAACAGCGCGGAGAAGAUAAAGGCGAAGUACGAUCUGAGGACGCUGCACUCGGUACUCUCCGGCGGGGCGCCGCUGAGUAAGGAGGUGACGGAGGGGUUCGUGGAGAAGUUUCCGUCGGUGAAGAUUCUUCAGGGCUACGGCUUGACGGAGUCGACGGGGAUUGGAGCCUCGACGGACUCGCUCGAGGAGAGCCGGAGGUACGGCACGGCGGGGCUGCUGUCUCCGAGCAUGGAGGCCAAGAUCGUUGACCCGGAGACAGGAGAGGCUUUGCCAGUGAACCGGACUGGUGAGCUUUGGCUCAGGGGUCCCACAAUCAUGAAAGGUUAUUUCAGUAAUGAAGAAGCGACUUCAUCAACUCUUCACUCGGAGGGAUGGUUAAGAACGGGUGACCUCUGCUACAUUGAUGAUGAUGGAUUCCUUUUUGUGGUUGAUAGGCUAAAAGAGCUGAUCAAAUACAAGGGUUAUCAGGUGCCCCCGGCAGAACUUGAGGCCUUAUUACUUUCUCAUCCAGAAAUUUCUGACUCUGCUGUUAUACCAUAUCCUGAUAAGGAGGUGGGACAGUAUCCCGUGGCAUACGUGGUUAGAAAAGGUGGAAGUAAAUUAUCUGAAACUGAAGUCAUCGACUUCAUAGGGAAACUGGUGGCUCCAUACAAGAGAAUCCGAAGAGUGACAUUUGUAUCAUCCAUACUCAAGAAUGCUUCGGGCAAGAUUUUGAGGAAAGAUCUUAUUAAACUUGCAACCUCCAAACUUUGAACCUCUCUGGUGCAUUAUAGCAAUCAGCAGAUCUAGGUGCAAAUAUAAAUAAAUAAAUAAAAUAAUGUAAUUUUACAGGUUCAUCGUCGAAUUCAACCUUUUGAGCUGUAAAUUAAAAGUAUACCAUACCAUCUCUUCUUAUUGGCUUUGACAUUGAGAUUAAUCAUGCUUCUGAUAAUACCUAUGUAUUCACUUUUUUGCUCA